UUUUAAGGAAGGGAGGGGUUGUCAAAGGGGCCAAGGACUGGGGCCCUGAGGAUCUAAUGCAAGUGGGCCAGGUGGGGGGUAGGGCGGCCUAGUCUGUGCAGUUUAGGGACCGUGGCCCCUCCCGAGCAGCACCACCUGCCCCUGGGACCCUGAGGAGGAACUCCUCAGCCCCCAGGCAGGUAGGCAGCCGGUGGGCUGGACUUGCCUUUCACAGAUGACAACGCUGAGGUCCCUUCCUGGGGCUGAAAAGUAGUAGGGGGAGGAGAGAGACAGGUGCUUGGAGGGCGGAGGGACAAGGACAAGUGAAGAGGCUGGGUUGGGGAGAGGCCUCACGUGAGGACUCUCCCUGGCCGCACCCGAGGCAGGUGCUGCGAGCCUGGGUGCUCAGGUUUCGGCACUGACAGGUGAGACCUGGUUGAGCUGUGGGUGUGGCUUGGCCACUGUCCCUGCGAAGGCCUCUGGGGCACUACAGCUGAGCUGGACAAGGUCGCAGCCUGGCUCAGGCUGAUUCCAACCCCAAAUACAUUCCAUUGCCAUGGGGCCCCUCCCCUGCUUUCAGGAGCUCAGGGCAAGGUGGCCUGCAGUGGGGGUCCUCCUCUGCGCCCCCAUAUGCAGUGGCCAGAACCAGCCUCUUCUCUCCAUCUCCAUCCCCAGCAAGGCCCAAGCUACCCCACCUCCUCUCCCCAGGCACUGCCUACAGUCCCUGAGCCUUGCAUACACACACACACAAAGUACAUACGUCACACACUAGAUACAUAACACACAUGCACAUGCAAAGUGCACACGGCAUACAUAUACACACAACAAACACACCGCAAACAACAUGCAAGGCAACACAUACACAGACCCCACAUACAACAGACACAAAACACAAUUAUAGACACACAGGAUACUUCCCACACAUUUUUACUCUGAGUAACAAUACACUGGGAAAUGAAAGGGGACGCUGGGACUUGAGAGAAUUGGCCCCCCUGCCCACUGUAUCUUUCCCAGUGGCCCUUGCAGCAUUUGGGAAGCUGACCCAGGCCUUUGUCCUGACCUAAGCCCGGUCGACUUCCUGCCCUUGCUUUGUGGGCUGGCCACGCCAGGCACCCUCCCUUGCCACCACCCUCAUACGGGGUGAGGCUGGCUUUGGACUGUCCAGUGCCACGUCCAAGAGGCCUCUCUAGCCCUCUAUCCAGCCUGCCCUCCCCACAUGCCAGGCUCCCUGCAGACCCCGCUGCGCACAGCUCCUGCUGGGUGAGCUCUGCCUCUCUGGACCUCUGGAGUGAGGGAGCUGUGGCUCUCCUCACGAGCAAUUCAGUGAGCCAGGCCCUUCAUGGAGUGAGUCAUGGAGUCCCCCCCAAAGCCCGAUAAGGACAGAGCAGGCUCAUUUACAAAUGGGGAGCUGAGGCUCUGAGAAGUGGAUCCCACCAGCGAGGCAGAUCUUGGGCUCAGGCUCAAGUCAGCUAGCUGAGCCUGUGCUCUGCAUGUGCAGCCAAACCACCCAUCCGCGUCUCUGAGCCAUUCUCUUCGAGCCUCGUGAGAACUGGCUGGCAUGCCCAGGCUGGUCUCGGCCUGCACCCAGGGUGGGUGAACGGGGUUCUUGCCUCUGCAGAGCGAUCAGCUCCAGAAGCUUAUGGGGCUGACCUCCUUGGGUGUCAGUUUCUUUUUCUAUCAACUGGGGGAAAUGGUAACACCUUCCCUAGGGGUUAUAGUGACAUUAAAGAGUCCAUGUAAAGCCUUAGAACCAUGCCUGGCUACUGGGGUUAACUUACUACCCUUCUAAUAACCACUGACUCUACCUCAGGAUUCCACUUGGGUGUGCCGCACCCCACCCCUGCCCAGGAAGCCCUCCCUAAGCCCUGAAGUCUGGCUCAGGUAUCCAUCCCUCCUCCGGUGUGACCCACGAUCCCAGCUGCAGCCCUCACCCAGCCCCUAUACUGUGCAGUAAUCUCCACAUGCACUUCUCAGGUCCAGGCACCAUGACGAAGGCCACUGUGUCAUUCUGUGUAGUGUGUGUGCGGGGGUCUCCUUGCGUCUUCCUCUGGGCCAGUGUGUCUGCCUGGGAGGGAGCUCAUUGCCUAAGGGCAUUAUGGGAGGAUAGGGGACUCUCUCUCCCCUUCCCAGACCUUGGUCGGGCUCUGGAAGUUGCCCUGCUGGGGGAGGGGGGAGGAACAGCCCCUUCCUUCCCCAUCCUCAGCUGAGCCUGUGGCUGGGGUCCAGAGAUCAGCAGGAGCUCCGGGACCUGUCCUGUGAUUUAUUUCAGUCACACAGCUCCUUCAACGCCACUCUUCCACCGACCCUUUCACUGCACAUGCCUGGACAGGCCCCCACAGACACGGCACAAGUAUAUACAGCUCCCUUAGACUCAAGGCUCUCAUCCUAAAGGGAGACUAGCAGAUGUUCCUGUCCUCUCUGUGGGUUCUUCAGGGUACCCUUCUGCAUUGGGAAGGCUGGGCUGAGGCCUUGGCUGCCCCUUCUGUGAGUGGGGGCCCUGUCCUGCUGCCCCCAGAGAGCUCCCAGUCGGUUAGGGACACUCAAGAGGAUGCCAGCCACUCCACAUACAUAUUUAAGCCUUGCCAAGUGACCCUGCCAGCACCCCUCCACUUGGGCAACUGCCUGUGGGACAGGGCUGAAGUAUGGGGCCCCCUCUGCCACAUGUCUCAUGCCAGUUCCAGCCCUGCUAGUUAAGCCAGUCCUGCCUCAGGCACUGAUGCCUGGCCAGUUAGGACUCUUGGCAUGAUGAAAUGAACCAGGGCAGGGGGCUAGAUGGAUCUGCCCUGGGACGGCCCUUGGGAGUUCACAUGUAAAGGUGCAGGGUAGAGUACAGAGCUGCGCAUGAAGUGUGCGUGUGUGUGUGUGUGUGUGUGUGUGUGUGCAGUGGGGGCAGGGCACAAGGCCAGUAGGGGCUGUCCGGAAGGCUUCCUGGAAGAGGGGAGUCCUGUAUAGCAGUGAGAGGGAGACACAGGCUCUAUAGACCAGAAGAGGCAGGUUGGAGUGAGGCCCAGGUGUCCCUGUUGGAGCCUAUGCCACUGGCCACCCCUUCCCCCACCCUGGCCCCCCCACAAUCCUCCCUGCGGCUCCCUGUGGCCAGCAGCUCUGCAGCGCUCGGCUCUGCUCCACUCUGCUCAGCUCCGCUCCAGGAAGGCCACCUCCUCCCUGCCCUCCUCCACCCUCCUCCUGCUGUCACCACUCACCGCUCAUAGCCUUGAGGGGGUGGGGACCCCAGAGCUGGACACACCCCACCGUGGCCCCAGAGCCUAGCUGGUCGGACGGACGCAAGGUCGGACGCAGGACCCCGGAGCCCGAGGUGGGCAGUGUGCCAGGGUCCCUCACAACCUCCUCAAGCACCAUCCAGGCUAUGGGCAUCAAGACAGCGUUGCCCGCGGCGGAGCUGGGCUUGUACUCCCUGGUGCUGAGUGGGGCUCUGGCCUAUGCUGGCCGGGGCCUCCUAGAAGCUUCACAAGAUGGGGCCCACCGGAAGGCCUUCCGGGAGUCUGUGCGACCUGGCUGGGAGUAUAUUGGCCGGAAGAUGGACGUGGCUGACUUCGAGUGGGUGAUGUGGUUCACCUCCUUCCGCAAUGUCAUCAUCUUCGCCCUCUCUGGACAUGUGCUGUUUGCUAAACUCUGCACGAUGGUUGCCCCCCAGCUCCGCUCCUGGAUGUAUGCUGUGUAUGGGGCCCUGGCUGUGCUGGGCACGAUGGGUCCUUGGUACCUGCUGCUGCUACUUGGCCACUGUGUCAGCCUCUAUGUGGCCUCACUCUUGGGCCAGCCCUGGCUCUGUCUCGGCCUUGGCCUGGCCAGCCUUGCCUCCUUCAAGCUUGAUCCUCUAAUCUCCUGGCAGAGCGGGUUUGUAACAGGCACUUUUGAUCUUCAAGAGGUGCUGUUCCAUGGGGGCAGCGGUUUCACAGUGCUGCGUUGUACCAGCUUUGCGCUAGAGAGCUGUGCCCACCCCGAUCGCCGCUACUCCCUAGCUGACCUGCUCAAGUACAACUUCUACCUGCCUUUCUUCUUCUUCGGGCCCAUCAUGACCUUUGAUCGCUUCCACACCCAGAUGAGCCAGGUGGAGCCGGUGAGGCGCGAGGGUGAGCUGUGGCGCAUCCGGGCCCAGGCCGGCCUCAGCGUGGUGGCCGUCAUGGCCGUGGACAUCUUCUUCCACUUCUUCUACAUCCUCACCAUCCCCAGCGACCUCAAGUUUGCCAACCGCCUCCCGGACAGCGCCCUCGCUGGCCUAGCCUAUUCAAACCUGGUGUACGACUGGGUGAAGGCGGCCGUGCUCUUCGGUGUGGUCAACACCGUGGCUCGCCUUGACCACUUGGACCCGCCCCAGCCUCCCAAGUGCAUCACCGCACUCUAUGUCUUCGCGGAAACGCACUUCGACCGUGGCAUCAACGACUGGCUUUGCAAGUAUGUGUAUGAUCACAUUGGUGGGGAGCACUCCGAGGUGAUCCCAGAGCUGGGGGCCACUGUGGCCACAUUUGCCAUCACCACUCUGUGGCUUGGACCUUGUGAUAUUGUUUACCUGUGGUCAUUCCUUAACUGCUUUGGCCUCAACUUUGAGCUCUGGGUGCAGAAGCUGGCUGAGUCGGGGCCCCUAGCACAAAUUGAGGCCUCUCUGUCGGAGCAGAUGUCUCGCAGGGUCCGGGCCCUCUUUGGGGCCAUGAACUUCUGGGCCAUCAUCAUGUACAACCUUGUAAGCCUGAACAGCCUGGAGUUCACAGAGCUGGUUGCCAGGCGCCUGCUACUCACAGGGUUCCCCCAGACCACUCUGGCCAUCCUGUUUGUCACCUACUGUGGUGUCCAGCUGGUGAAGGAGCGAGAGCGAACCCUAGCACUAGAGGAGGAGCAGAAGCAGGACAAAGAGAAGCCCGAGUAGGUGGGAGGAGGAAGAGGGGAGAGGGAUGGGUUCUGCUCAGCUGUUCCCAGGCCCGGGCCCAGACCAGGCCAGAUGGGGCCUGACUGAUAGAAUAAAAGACUUUUCUACCACA